AACUCACUUAGGACUAGCAUAGACAACUGUUACCUAGCCCAUUUCACCACCAAUGGGAUUCUAGUCCGUGGCGGCCAUGAAACCUACAUCCGUAACUCCUUCCUCGGCCAACACAUCACUGCCGGUGGUGAUCCCGGCGAAAGAAACUUCUCAGGAACCGCAAUAAAUAUUAUUGGCAACGACAAUGCUGUCACCGACGUAGUGAUUUUUUCAGCUGCUACAGGAAUAGUAGUUUCAGGUCAAGCCAACAUAUUUUCUGGGGUGCAUUGCUACAACAAGGCCACAGGCUUUGGCGGCACCGGGAUUUAUCUGAAAAUGCCCGGUUUGACGCAAACCCGGAUCGUGAAUUCUUACUUGGAUUACACCGGAAUAGUUGUAGAAGACCCUGUGCAGCUCCAUAUCUCCAAUAGCUUUUUUCUUGGUGAUGCAAACAUUGUUCUAAAAUCAAUAAAGGGGGUUGCCAAUGGAGUCAACAUCGUUGACAACAUGUUUAGUGGUCAUGACACAGGAGUUGAAAUUGUUCAGUUGGAUGAAUCCAAAGGGUCUUUCAAAGACAUUCAACAAGUUGUGAUUGAUAGGAACAAUGUGAAUGGGAUGAACAACAAGGCAACCGUUGCAAGAGGGUCUGUGAAGGGGACAGGAAAUUCAUGGACCGUCGAUUUUAAUAAGGUUCUUCUAUUUCCAAACCUUAUUAGGCACGUGCAGUAUUCGCUAAGCACUGCCGGAAGCCACUUCCCGAAUCAUGCAUUGAGGAAUGUUUCCGGCAACCGAGUUGAGAUUCAAACCGACACCGAUGUUCCGGCGGAUGUGUUCGUUAUGGUAGAUCAAGGGGUAGCAAGUUUAUAAGUACAAGGUGAUGACCUAAGCUUUGGGAUCAAGAAGUUCUAAUUUCCAACUGUGAAUAGGUCGGAAGAUUGAUCCAUUUACUCAUGAUAAACCUUUUUAUUUUUUAUUUUUUAUUUUUUACUUUUUUAUAAUUAAAUACAAAGAUCUAAAAUAGUUUGACAGCAAAAAAUAUGUAGUGAUGAUGAUGGAAACGUGUAAUAGAUAUAAAUUAAAUAAAUAUAUGAAAGUACACCAUG